UCUCGUUCAUAUUUGCAACUUUAUUUCUCUUUUCAGGAGUGCUAUCGGCUCCAGGAGACUUCCUUCCCGAGGGUGCUCUCAGCUCCGAUGCAGUGCAGGCUAAUUACUAUUGGUCUUUCUGGCAGGAGGGAAGCGGCAGCCAUAACUGCAAUAAUGGAGCUGGAGGCUCGUACACUGCGAAAUGGUCGGGUGGCGGUGGUUUCGUAUGUGGAAAGGGAUGGAGCCCGGGUGGAUCAAGGUCAGUCCUUACCACGUCAACUUUGCUCUACUUCAGCUCUGGCGUGCUUCCAAUUUGUAUGUCAAAGACAGUCUAUGACUGACAACUCAUGGAACCCCUUUGCAGGACCGUUACAUACAGCGGGACCUACGUCCCCACAGGGCCAGGCUACCUCUCUAUCUACGGCUGGACGCGCAACCCGCUGAUAGAGUACUACAUCGUCGAUGCGCACGGCGACCUGUCGCCCGGCGAGCCCUGGACGUCCAAGGGCAACUUCACGUUCGAGGAGGGAACGUACCAGCUAUACACCAGCACGCGCGUCAACAAGCCCAGCAUCAUCGGCACCGCCACGUUCCAGCAGUUCUGGAGUGUACGUACCGAGCAGAGGGUCGGCGGCACGAUCACCACUGGCAAGCACUUUGAUGCCUGGGCCAAGGCUGGUAUGAGGCUGGGAGGACAUGACUACAUGAUUCUGGCGACGGAGGGAUAUACGGCGACCGGGGGAAGCGGGAGUAGUGGUAAUGCUAGCAUCACUUUGGGGUAAAGCAGGUAAGCGGUUAAGGUGUCGACUUUAUAGGCGGUGUGCUACUGAAAAACCUCGGCCGUUAUUUGUAACAGAUUUUGAGCUUGCAUCUCAGCAAAUUCUUUCAUGUGAGGUCUUAAUGCAGAUCGAUCCACCAUCGGCUCAUAUGUAGAUAUUAUCUUGGUAUAAGGUCCAGAACCCUGGGAUUGGACGCAUGUACUGGAGUUCUUGUUCAGAAUAAAGCUUGGGUUUUACAUGGUUGUAAGAUG